AUGAUGGUGAUUUUCCAGAACAAGAUCAUUUACAUGCCUUCUGUGCCUCCAUUUUCGCGCUCAGAAAAGGUCCGCGAUUAUGCGAGCCAGUGUCUGCCGUUCACAUGGAGUGAACAUGACAUCAAGGCCGCCGAUGGGACUGCUAUCAAAAUUCUGGAGAGCGGGCCCAAUACUGUUGCACUACAAGCACAGCAGCGACGACGUGUGGUAGUUUUGUAUCUGCAAGGUAUAUUGAGAGCUUGGACUGGCAGCAAAGCUGAUGACCAACAAUAUACGAUUGUUGGGUUGUCCUAUCGUGGUUUCUGGAAAUCCAAAGGCAAAGCUUCUCAACCGGGGAUCGAGCUCGAUGUCGAAGCUGCCCUGAACUGGGUGUUGAACCGAUAUGAACCUCAGACCAAAAUCAUCAUCUGGGGCCAGUCGAUCGGCGCUGGCGCUGCAGCCGUUGGUCUUGCGAAUUUCCUGAAAAGUCAUCCGGGCUCUCAUAAUCGCAUCUCCGGUCUUUUGCUGGAAACGCCUUUCGUCGACCUCAAAACCAUGCUCGUGGCGCUUUAUCCUCAGAAGUUCCUGCCGUAUCGGUAUCUCGCGCCCUUUUUACGCUCGACUUGGGACAGCAAAGGUGCCCUUGAAGACAUAGGGAAGAUCAAAUCCAAACUAAAAAUGUUGAUCGUAGAGGCAGGCGAUGAUGAAAUUGUACCAGCUGGACAAGGAGCCAUCCUUGAACAGGUGUGUCAGGAGCAUGGGAUGGAAGUGGAUAGGGCGACAGUUCCGGGAGCUCUGCACACAGAAGUGAUGAUGAAGCCUCGUGGUCGAAGUCAUAUCAUCAGGUUUCUUAGCUCGUUCUAA